AUGACUGUAUAUAUAUUUAGAACAGCAACACAUGACGAGGUCUGCGUGCCAGAAACUCUAUUGAAAAAGCUAAAGACCACCGAGAAAACAGAAGCAGAGAAGCAAUUGAUCAAAACGCAAGCACAGAAAGAAAAGCGAGAUGUUCGUAAAACGAUAUUCAAAAAGGCAGACGCCUACAUCAAAGAAUACAGGCAACGGGAGAAUGAUGAUUUGAGGCUGCGUAGAUUAGCCAAAUCACAAGGCAAUUACUACAUUCCAGCACAACCGCAGCUCUUGUUUGUGAUCCGUAUCAGUGGCAUCAACGACGUCAAUCCCAAAGUCAAGAAAGUGCUGCAGCUCUUUCGACUGCUGCAGAUCAAUAAUGGAGUUUUUGUUCGUAUCAACAAGGCGACAUCCCAAAUGCUUCAAAUCAUUGAACCCUACGUUACUUAUGGCCCUCCUAAUUUGAAGACGGUGAGAGAGCUAGUGUAUAAACGAGGAUACGCUAAAAGCAACGGACAACGGUUACCGCUUUCUGACAACAAGCUUAUUAGCGACAAUUUGGGGCAGUUUGGUAUCAUUUGCAUUGAGGAUGUCAUUCAUGAAAUCUUUACUGUGGGCGAACAUUUCAAACAAGUCAACAAUUUCCUAUGGCCCUUCAAGUUGAGCAAUCCAAAUGGCCAUAAGAAGGUGUCAUGGAGGCCUAGAAAGUUCAAACAUUACGUGGAAGGUGGCGAUGCUGGUGAUCGUGAGUUUGACAUUAACAAAUUGGUACAAUCUAUGAAUUAA